CUUCAAUUUCAGUUUUUUCAAUAUUCUACUUUUAUUUAAAAAAAAAGUUUAUUCUCUUUUUUUAAUAAUAGAUUGUUGUAAUGACGUGCGCUUUUAAAUCAUUCUUCGAAAGUAUUCUUCUAACUCUACAUCCUCCUAGUUUAUUUUCGUAAGGGUACAGUUUCUGAGCUAUUCUUAGUUUUUUCGCAUUUCAUAGUAAUUAUAACUAUAAUGUCAAACCAUCUUGUUGAAUUCUCUAAAUACGGACCCUCUUCUGUCCUACAAUUUGUCAAACGCGAAAUCCCUAAAGUUAGCGGAAACAAACUUUUGGUGAAAAAUGCAUAUGCAGGCUUGAAUUAUAUCGACACUUAUUGCAGAAGUGGAGUGUAUCCUGUCCCUUUGCCUUUUGUUUCUGGUAAAGAAGGAUCCGGUAUUGUCACUGAUGUUGGUCCUGAAUGUAACAAGUUCAAGGUUGGAGAUCGUGUUGUAUAUUUGACAAUGUCCGGCGGGUACGCUCAAUAUAAUCUUGUUUCUCCUGUCUUAGCUACUAAGAUACCAGAGGGAAUUUCUCUCAAGCUCGCUGCUGCUUCUUUACUUCAAGGAUUGACUGUGUUAACUCUAGUUGAAGAAGCCUAUCCCGUCCGCAGUGGAGACUACGUUAUUGUGCACGCUGCCGCCGGAGGAGUAGGCUUGCUUUUGUGUCAAAUUUUGAAUCGUAGAGGUGUGCAUGUUAUUGCAACCGCUUCAACUCCUGAGAAGCGACGACUUGCUCUUCACAAUGGAGCAGAAUUUGCUUGUUCUUAUGAUGAGGUUCCUGAAUUCUCUCGUCAAUUAACAAACGGUAAAGGUGUACAUGCUUCCUUUGACUCAGUCGGCAAAGAUACCCUGGAAAUUUCCAUAAACGCAAUCCGUAACGGCGGUACCUUCGUAAGCUACGGUAAUGCUAGUGGAAAAAUAGAAUCUAUCCCUUUAAGUAUGAUUACCUCUAAAUGUAUCAAAGUCGUUCGUCCUACCCUUUUCGGGUAUCUAGACUCUGAAGAGACAUUUGACCGUUAUACAAGCAAACUUUGGGAGGAAAUAUUAAAGAACAAGCUUAAUAUCGCCAUUCAUCAUACUUGGAAGUUAGAAGAAGCCAAAGAAGCUCAUGAUAAGUUUCAAAGCAGAGCUACAACUGGUAAACUUUUGCUUUCUUGUAAUGAAGACUUGAUGGAUGCUUGAACAGGUAGGUACAGAAGUAUUUGAUGGUGCCACUUUGACGAACUAUGUAUGAAAGUUUUAUUUAGAUUAUUUACAACUUGCUUUGAUUUGAAGCAAGACGAUAAAAUGUAAUACAAAUUCUAUCCUUUUCUGAUUGUUUUUUCGACCAGCCGAGCUUACUGUGUAUAACUUUAACAGAAACAGAAGCAGCUCAUCGUUUAAACAUACUGUCGACGGUCAUGGAAAUAUGAAACCAUGUUUUCAAGGUCGUCUUCUUAACACAUUACGGAUGAAAUACUUUAAAUUAAAUUUUGAUACAGAUAAAAG